CACCAGUGUUGUUGGCAGCUUGAUUGAAGUAUUGUGGUCAGAGAAUUAGGAGCAUAAGUUUCAUGCUGUCUCGCUCACUAUUCCGAGCAACCACUUUCUUCUCCCACGGUUCUUGCUCGAGGAGGGCAUUCUCGACGAGAAAUCUCGGUCCGAACCAUGAUCUCCUCCAAAUGCUAUCACAAAAUUUAGAGCGUGAAAACACCUGUCCGAACAGAAACGGUUACAAAGUUCGUGCGUUUGCACGAGCUAUCGAGGCUAUCGGUGCGCUGGAGGAACCCGUGCGGGACGUAGCUCAGGUGAAAAAGCUGAAGGGGGUAGGCGUUGGAAUCAGAAACAGGAUAGACGCGUUCUUGUCGGGUAAAGAUUAUGACCCGGAAGCUGUCAUCAAACCUUCUGAAGGAGUGUCGAAAUCCAAGGCAAGAGGGAGUUCUGAUCCUGAGGCGAAACAGAAGAACAUGAUAACUCGGUCAUUGCAGUCUGUUUCUGCCAUUGGCCCAAGGACUGCGAAAGUCCUCGUUGACGCGGGUUGUACAUCCAUUGGGGAUCUGAAGACACCGAAGUUCUUUGACAUGUUGAGUCCCUCGCAGCAAAUCGGCGCGCGAUACUACGGGCAUCUCGAACGACCUGUCGAGAGAAGUCAAGCCGAACUACUCGCUAAAUUUAUUUUGGAGAACAUCUCUUGUAAAUUUGAUGUUGAGCUCGUGGGUAGCUAUCGGCGGGGUGCUCGAUCGUUCUUGGGCGUUGAUAUUAUGUUGACUCACCCUUCUCAUGUCCAUGUGCCUACGCCCCCAUCAAAGAAUGGUUCAGUUGCACAAGGAAUUAGCAGGACACGUUUUCACACAUCAUCUAGAAAGCUACGGGAAGUUCAGGACUCGCUUCUCUUGCGUGAUGUGGUCUUCCCACUCGAAAGCCGUGGCCUCGUCGUUGAGACGCUGUCGCCUGGUUCCAAGAAGUGGCAAGGUGUGAUACGGCUACCUGAAAGGACUGUAGACGGAACUUGGGAAGAACGUUCUCAACGAAUCGAGCGUAUUCGCGAGCAGCAGGGCCUUUACAUUCGAUUGGACUUGAACCUCGCCCCUGUGAAGUCAAAGGGAGCAGCACUACUCGCGUUGACUGGGGACAAGGAAUUCAACAUUGACAUCCGUACCAAAGCUGCGCGACUGGGCCUGCUCCUCGAUGAAUUCGGCCUGUGGAGGUGGACCUCUGACCCAUCACUCCCAGCGGAUGCAGAGGAAGGGUACUGGACGUUUGUAGAAGGUGAAAGCGAAGACGCUGUCCUGCGCGAGCUCGGCAUGAAUUAUGUGGAGCCAAUAAAACGCAACUUUGCCUACCUCUCCAAUUCUGACUUGGACACGCCGACCGUAAAAAAGGGGGGUAGGCCGCGGAAGGACAUCGUGUAGUUCCGCUUUGGUUCUGUUUGCAUCUACGUAUUAUACUACUGCAUGCGUCAAGAAUCAUCAUUUAAUCACUGGCAUAAUCUUGAUGCAUCGAUGAAGAAUGACACCGGUGUUAUAG